AUGGCUCUGAGGCUGGAGGUCCCCUCCCUAAGGCUGCUAUGGGCUAGGGAGGCUGCUGGCCACCCAGUCCCAUCUACCCUGUCUCCCAGCACCCCAGCACCCCAGCCCCAUGUACCCUUCAACCCAGCCCCAGGGUCCAGUUUGACCGCCCACCACUCCACCGACAGGGUCCAGCUCAGACCCCAUCUAUGGGCCAUCAAGCAGGAGGGGCUGAGAAGAGCAGGCCAAUGGAAGCAGUCCAAGGUAGAGAACCCAGAGUGGAACAAGCUGACCUACAUGUGGCCCUCUCUGCCCAGUGGAGAGCUCAAACCAGAAGGAGAACCCUGUAGGAAGCCUCUCGCCAGCACAGCACAGAGACUCAAAGCAGAGAGAGGCGCCAGCAGGGAGAGUGAAAAAAGUAACAGGGCAGAAAUCCACAGCCUUGAGUUUCAGCAGUUCCUUGAAAGGUGCACAGAGUCUCUUCAUCUGCCUCACGCUGCUCACAGGCUCUUCCUCACAGACGGCAAGGAGAACUCUACUCAAGAUCUGAUUCCAGACCAGCUGGUGUAUGUGUCUUGUGGGGAGCCGUGGGUUAACCCUCAUUUCAGCGAUGGUAAAGUCACCAAACAGCGCCAACUUCUCCACCUGGAGCAGGACGUGUCCCAGAUCCGCCACUACUGCACCCUCCGCCACCAGCAUGAGCAGAGCCAAGAGUCAACGCCAAAGGAGGACAGCACUGAUCAUGAUCGUGCUCACCUCAACAGGCUUAUGUUGCAGCAGCGUGGUAGGGGCAUCACACAGGCUCACAGACAGCAGUUUGAGUUCAGUAAGGGACAGAUAGUAAACUGCAGAAACCGCUGUCUGGCUGUGGGGGUCGCUGGCCAUGGGGAAGGUGGGGUGAAAGCAGGGUCACCCCUCCAGUUGGUGCGCAACUUACUCAAACCAACGACUCUUCAUCUGUUGGCCAACCCUGAGCUGGUAUUGUCUGUUUCCAUGACUACAACCCCCCCAGGAGACUCCUGCUCUGAACCCCCUCUCCUCACAGGCUGCUCUGUAGUCCUACAGAAAUACAAGCCCUACAGUUACGGAGCAGCCAACCAGAAGUGGGACUGGUUACCAGAGCUUAGGGUUCUGAGUGCGUUCUACACCUCAUCUCUGGACCAGGAAGUGACUGCAGCCAAUCAGGCGUCAGUGUGUACCGCCUGUGUGUCCCCAGAACCACUGCACCAGCAGGGUUUCACCAGGUCAGGUGUGAGUGGGAGCAGAGUGGAGGUGUGUCCUAGCUGUUCCACUGGACUGAGAGGGAGAGGAGUUCUCCAGAAGCUUCCUCCAGAAUCCUCCUUCCUAUGCUGUAUGGCCAGUCACAACCACCAGCUCAGCCCAACUGGACCCUUCAGGAUCCUAAAGGUCCACAAGACGGAGCUCAGUGAGUCUGCAGCAGACGUCACUCUGCAGCGUCUAGAGGAGUGUCUGGAGUCACUGAGGACGGAGGCUGCAGUGCUGCAGAAGCAGACGCCGUCCCCAGAGGUGUGCAGCGCAGCCCGGACCCAGCCGAGCGUGAAGAUCCUGGCCCACAGGAAUGGGCGGGGGGGCCUAGAGGAGGGCCAGCUGAUCACCACGGCAACAAUGCCUCUGUUGUUGUCAGAGUGCACCCGCCUGCUCCAGCUAACCAGAGCUGCUCAGCACCUCUACACUGCAGACGGGACUCAGAUACUCACCCUGCAUCAGCUCAAAGCCUGGGCCCUUAAUGACUGUCUACAGGUCGACACAGAAACACACAUCCCUGGACCUGCAGGUUCAGAGACAGUGUUCAAGGUGGGUGCUGAGGACAUGAGCUCUGUAGAUGAGGGUCUAAUGGCACUAAUACUGAGGUCCCCCAUCCAUGUCUGGGUGUCCUGUGGAGAGCCCUACCUCCCCUCAGAUGGUGAGAUGAGAAGAGAGAAGCUGCAGAGGGCUCUGUGGCUCCAGAAGGAGAGAGUACUGACUGAUCUGGAAAUAAAGAGACACAAGAUGAGGCACCUGAAAGGUUUGCUCUGCUUUCUAUCCAUCAUGGCUGCUCCCGUCGUCUCUCCAGAACGGGCCCAGCCUCCCUGGUGCCAGGCCUGUGGUCCUGCCAGGCCUGUGGUGGUUGAGCAAAGCUGGCUACAGCCCAGCCAUGAGGAACUCACUCUGGACCAGGAGCUGCACAACACUGAGACUCAACUUGCUGAGAUGGAGGCCCUUCCAGAGAAAGACCACAGGCCACUUCCACAGAAGACCUCCCAGGAACUGUACCAUCAGCCUGAUGUCAAAAGAGUUAAGGUGUACCACAAUGGAGACAGGCAUGUAUCUGUCCACGUCUGGGGCCAAAGCAUCGAAGAGCUGCUGAGCUGCAGUACUGGGAGGCUGGCCCUGUCCCGGUCCGCCUCCAGGCUGUACGCUGCAGACGGCAGGCUUCUGAGCUCCUGGGAGGAGAUCCACAGGGACAUGCUGCUGUGUGUUUCAUCAGGACAGCCCUUCAUCAGCCCUAAACGUUAGCAGGCCCUGGUUCACCUCGAACCUCGAACCCCUCCUACUGACUGUCACACAGAGAAUUGUAAGGAAAAUAUUGAGAUGAGAGCUACCUUUGCUCAAAUGAUGAGAUCUGAAGACCCUGGUAAUACCACAACAGACAGGGGACCAAAGGAGCCCCUGACUACCACAAUUCCAUGUGGCUGCCAUUCUCUACAUUGGACUGCAGAAGCAUAGACCUGAUACAAAACAACUGUACUAUGCCUGAUCAAGAUUGGUAUUAUCUACUGAUGUUGGACUGUCGCUAUGUUCAAGCAAUUCCCCAUGGGACGGUAACUACCAGGAAGUGUGUGAUGUUAUAUAUUCACCACUAGUGGGAAGCAGUGGAAUAAGCGAGUAAUUUAUGAUCUGUGCAAAGUCUGUGCUGAGUGUGUGAAUCAUUGACCUUGGCUAAGAAAUCUUGAAGUCUGUUUGACCUUUAGGGAAAAGCAGCCAACAAGUGCUCAGCAUAUGUGGGAACACCUUCAAGACUGUUGGAAAGGCAUUCCAG